UACAUUUUCAAUUGUCGACGUGCGUUCACGCGCUUUGAGCUUCGAAAAUCGGCUGAAAAUCAAAUAGAUCGAAGUAGCUGGUGAAUAUCAAAUCUCCGGAUAGUUACAGCGCUGCGUUUACGUUAACGAUGCAUAAUCAGAGUUGAGUUACCGAGAGGCGGUUUAUGCUUGUGGGAUGGAAGAGGAAAAACGCGAGAGAACAGAUAAGAAGAGGACGCGAAGAUGGCGCUAGCCAGAUGGUUCGCGCGCGAGUUACGUUUAAAUCGAUAUCGUCGUUGCUAUCGCCGCAAAGUCGUCACAAUUUUUUCCUUGAAUCAAAGUAGAUAUAAAUACUUGGGCACUCGUAUUCACAGGAAAUAAUUAUAACAAUGGCGUACGAUGGUUGAUCAUUCAUUUUUCAAAUUCAUUCUACAGAAGUGGUUAUCGUAUAAGCGCAUAUCUUGAAUCGGAUCAUCGGAGAGUGUGACAACGCGCGUUCUAAGAAUGUAUCGAUAAUGUAAUCAAGAUUAUCUUUCAACGCGUGCGAACGUUCGGUCGACACAGUGCAGAAGUGCGGGUGCACCUAUGACCAACGCGUUAUCCGUGAUCUAUAUCGUACACUCUGUUUUGCAAUACUACGAAAUUGGAGAACAAACAAUGCGCGAAACAAAUCUGGUAAUUUUCGUUCAUCAAAGAGUCAGACAAAUUGUCAAUCGAAUUACACUUUGAAGUUAUUUACUCCGAUUGCACAUUGACGUUUACACUAAACUUGCUGAUACCGCGAAUCAUCUUCCCGUGAGACGUUUACUACUCGAAACAGUGAAUCGACCGAAUAUAGGUGCUCCUCGUUCUCCUGCUUCGCGCGGUCUGUCGGGCGACGCUUAUUUAUAAUCGGCGCGAAAGUUGGCCACGGUUCCCUUCUUCGCCUUAUUUCAAGAUUCGCAUCCAGGAACGUUAUGCUCGACCUUAUUUCUACCGCGUAAGUUUGCACCGGAAGCAAGUGACCAUUCUUCUCCAUGACACGGCGUGACGAAUGAAUUCCGACUUUAUCUUUUAAUUUACUCGAUUACUACGGAGUAUUGAUUACGCCUGGGCUUCGAUUGAGGAAAUUCAAAACGCGAAGUGACGACUGCGAGUGUGCGUAACGGAAAAAGGAGGAAGAAACGUUGACGAUAGGAGGAUCCGCGCCGUUCAUACGGCCCUGACCAAAAAGACCGAAGAUAUGCAGGCUGCGGUUAGUCGUCGGUGCCAUGACAGGCUCUGAGAAGGAUGCGGGCUUUUGCAGCGGCUUCGAGGAGGAUGACAUCUCGAAUCUGCAUUCACCUAGUGCAUCAGAAGACAGCCUAGAAGUGCAGGUGAUGCCGAUUUCGUUGAAGAACAAGAGAAAACUGGCUGAACCGCGGAAAAUACGAGAGGGGAUUUCUGCCCCUCUGAAAAAGCGGAAGUACGAACAUGUCGAGGAGCAGACGGUGCCAGACGAAGAGUCAUCGAGAACGGUACGAUCGCCAAAUCCGUUUCGACCCUGGAGCUGCACCAGUAAAAAUGUCGCUGACUCUAAACUGAUUACGGUAACGGAGAAGAAUACGAAUCAAUUGUCCACCUUCUCCUCGACAUCGAAUGAAUCGACCGCGACAAGCAUAAUCUCGAGCCAUGUUAACCAUCGACAUCAUCAUUACCACCAUCGCUACCAUUAUUCUCAUCACCAUCACUACCCGACCAGCGGCAGCGAUAAUCGCGAGGAUGACCGCAAUAAUGACGACGAUAAUAACAAAUGCGAUCAGGAUCACGCGAGCGACUUAAAUGGCGAAAACGGGGAGAGGGAUACCUCGGAGAAACAAUGCGAAGGCAAGGAGACUUUGCCAGGUAGGCAAAGGCAAGACAAAACGCGCGCUGUUCGAAUCGAGACAGACUUUGCUGCAGCCUCGACAAAGAUAACAACGCCGGAAACGACAUUGUCCUCGUCCGCCGCGGCAUCUUCGCAUCCGAGAUUGCAAGAGGAACCUCUGUCUCUUGUGUUGAGAGGGGACGUGGCCGCCAGGGUGCCUUCGCAUCCAGCGGUAAACGGUAGCUACGAGAAAAGCUAUUCCGUGGAAUGCGCGAACGUUUCUUCCGCUUCUUCGUCGAUAUCGUCUUCGUCUUCGUCCUCCUGCUCAUCUACGUCGUCGUCGCCGUCACCGUCAUUUUCGUCGCUCUCCUCUGGUCAACAAAAUCAUCGAACGCGGUCGAAUGGCGAGAAUUCUUGCUCGACGACGACCGUGUCGAUAACGUCGACGAUAACCAGGCCGACGACGACGGUGACGGGCAUUCAGAGUGGCCAACCAACGAGGCAGUACUCAACGGCAGGUCAACAGAGAAACUACAAGAACAUGACUCGAGAGAGGAGGAUAGAAGCGAACGCCAGGGAAAGGACGAGAGUGCACACCAUAAGCGCGGCGUUCGAUACACUGAGACGUGCAAUACCCGCGUAUUCGCACAAUCAGAAACUGUCUAAGUUGUCCGUGUUGAGGAUCGCGUGCAGUUACAUUAUGACCCUCGGGAAUAUCGUCAAUACUCCCGAGGGCGAGCCAGCCAACGGUGACUCGUUGGGAGCCUGCGUCGAUCUUGUGUCCAGGACUAUUCAGACGGAAGGCAAACUUAGGAAGAGAAAAGAAGACUGAAUUCAUCGCGCGCGCGCGCUCGAUGUUUCAAACGGAACGAUACGUAUAUUAUCCGCCAAGUCUGUUUUCUAUCGCUGAUCUUUUAAUCAGCUUGCAAUAUUGCAAUGGCAGCCAGAGAAUGGCUGCAUUUUUAUGAAUCACUCAGUAGAGAGAUUCGAAAAAUUAAGACACUUAGUGAUACAAGAAUUUGGUCGAUAGUGUAAGUAUUACGUUCUGUUGCGACAGAAUUAUCGUCUCACUGACCCACCGAUUGCUAAAUAAUCGAACGACCCUCCACGCAUAUACCUGACUGUCUUUCGAACAAGCGCUGUCUCGUCGUUCCUUGUUGGCAUUUCUUUAGCCUUAAGAUGCGAUAGGAGUCUUAUUUUCAACAGUAAAUCUUGUCCAGAUUUUUGCGAAUUAUUAAUUAUUAUCAAACGUCGAGAUAAUUUUACGUACGUACAUAUGCAUAUUAGAGCCAAUACAUGGCGGUAAUAUUCGCAGGUAAUUUGCAGUUCCAGUUAGUGCGUGUAUGAUUGUUUUCUUUUCAACUAACCUACCUCGAGCCCUUACAUCAAACAAGAUUGUUUCACUUUAAAUAAGAUUCAAAUAAAUGAAAGGACAGACGAAAAAGUUAGAUUGUUUUUCCAUUUGUAAAAUAUCGACUGUAGCAGAAAACAAAUUUUUUUUUUUGGAAAUACAAUGCUUUGUAUAACGGAGCUGGCCCGAACAAAACGGAGCGCGGUACACGUAAAGCUACCACAGCAUUGGUAACUUGGUUCACAGCCUGUGCUGGUUCCGUAUGUGGUACAUACAAGGUGUACGUUUUCGACACGCGGAGAAAUUGUAGCCGAACACCUGCUGACAACGAGAAGCAGGUGCAUUUUCGACGUUCUCAUGAGCGUCGCUUAAUUUUUGCCGAUUACACGCGGCGAAUAAUAAUUGAACGCAACCUAUCCUUAUCUCGCGUGCUUGCGAGCAUUCGGUAGCGAGUUGCCUUGAAAUCAUUCACGGUCCGCAAUUAUUUUAUCUUUCGUGGCAAUUAAUUUACUGAUAGAAGAUGAGUAAAUACGAAAUUCAAAUGUGUGUCGGUGAUCGAUUGUUCGAAAUAAGUUUGUCAAGUAAUUAUCGAUGAUUUCAAGGUAAAUGAAUAGAAGACAAGUGCUUUCGCACUUACGAUAAAUUGUCAAAUUAAUAAUAUCGAUUCGGUAAUUAUCGAUAAUAAAGUUUCGGUAUCACUUCAGAGGACAUUGGCAAAUGAAAUUAACAAAGUAUAAUAAAAAUAAGUGAUAAUGAGAUGCGGAGCGUGCAUGAGAACGUGAUAGGAAAAAGAAUUGUGGAAUUUAGGGAAUGAAAAGGAGGGGGGGAAAUGGAGAACGGGAACGGGUACGAAACGGAACGGCGAAGUAUAAAGCAUGAUUAACGAGGCGAAAUACUGUCUGGUGGGAGGUUGCCAGAGCGUUGGCGCCAGCUGACCGGCGUCGCGUCGCGUCGCCUCGCGUCCCGUCGCGUCGAACGACCUACGUGCACCGCACGGACCACUGUCCCGCUUCCCGAUGCGACUCAUGCGACCAGAUCGCUCUCUUCCCAAGCCUCCCACUUGACGAAUCUUCUUUGACUUGUCAGUCCUCUCGAUCUCCCAAUACUUUUUGCCCGCGACAGAUCAUUCCUCUUUAAACAUUGAACUUCAAUGGUGAACGUGCGAAUUCAAUUGAUUUUGCAUUCUCCUGUCACUGUCAUUGAUUCGACUACGAUUAUUACUGUAAUCGUAUUGGUUGAAAGUACAUGCAUAAAUUUCUCAAUGUAAAAAAGAUUAAACAAGAAAAGAUAAUUUAGCAUUAGUUUUGACGCGAAGUUUGUAUACCAAGCUACCAGAUACGAUCAACGGAAACAUCAGUUUUGUAACGCAAUAUCCAUCGCGCGUGGAUUCAUCUAUUUUUCACGUUAUCUGUUGCGUAUGUACAUACACGCAGAAAUGCGAGGCGAUGCACAAACGGUGUAAAUAACGAGCGACGGACAUCGAUACGUCUGUUGCGUUUAAUUAACCCGGCAUCAGCAGACUUUGGAUAUGUACCACGGGGUCGCAAAACUAAGCGUUGUAUAUAAUUCCCUAUGUAUUGCGUUGUACAUAUCUUCCGUCGAACCACAGGUGUUCCAAGGCGGGAGGGGAGGUGAGUCGAAAUUCGUUCGAAGAAGGAUUAGAAAUAGGAUACGUUAGCCGACUGACUAUUGUAAAAAUGAGCAUCGUUUGCGACAUGUCCUAUCUCUCUGCUAUCUGCUUCGCCUGUACGCCGCGAGGCGAGGCGACUACGUACGUACAGUGGCUUGCGAAAGUAUGCGAACACAUACCAAAGAAAACUUUUGUUUGCAAGCAGAAAUUCAUUGCCGUUGCGACAGAUCCAUGACUAUCAACGUUUUGCUCGAGUAUAAAAUGGAACGCCUUCUCUCCCGUUUCGGACUUCAUUCCGCAUUGAAACUGCUUUAUGUACAUGCGCGCGUAUUAUGCAAUUUGAGUAUGCGUACUUCCACCCCCCGUGUAAUUCGUACAUAGCAACGAUGCCAAUUUAAAAAUGUUUGUAACGCUAUUUUUAUCUAUUUCGGACGUGUUUACUGUCUGAAUACUUUAGUGUAUCAAAAUAAGUAUAAAACUAUUGUUUAGAUGAGUAAAUAUAAAACUUUUGUCAAUGUUUAAUUUUUUAUUUUUUUAAUUAAAAAAACAAGCUAUGUGAUUUUGUUGGUCUAUUACAAUUCAUGAACUAUGUUCGAGUUUCUUUAUCUCAAUUCUUAUUUUUAAUUUGAUUACAAUUGACGAGCAAUGUUUGAGUUUAUAUAACGCAGAAAUCGUUGCCAUUUUCACGUUUACCUAACGCAUGAUUCAUAAAUUGUUUCUACGAGUGUCGGUAUACUUUCGCGAGCGACUGUAUGCGCUCCUCGCAUAGCCGAUCCGAGAGUGAUCUUGUAUAUAGGAUGCGACAGUGCGGCGCCAAGCUCUCGCAUACACGGAGCCAGUUUCCUCUGGUGUGUUUCACCGCGCAGCGCGGCGUAGAAUCGUGUGGUACGCGCGCACACACGAUACGAGACCAUGCUCCUAUAUACUCUGGUUGUUCGGAAAGAGAAGAGAGGAGAAGAGAAGAGGCGGCCAACCCGACCAGUCGACUCGCAAAAACGAGCAACGGGCUACCGGGCAGAACACGCUUCUUCUUCGGAACCCACGUGACGCACGACGCGACGCAACAACUCCGCGUUUCUUUAGGUCGCGUCGAUUCUUUCCACGCGCUUUCAGGACUCGCUCCGAUCGCUAUCGUUAUUGUUCAACAAGAUCUUGAACUCCGAUAGAUUGUACUUUAUUAUACUGCAAUAUUAUGUAUGCACUGAGACCGAACUCCACAGCGUAAUAAAUUUUAUACUUCAUAUGUUAGUUUCUGACCUGAA